CUUCUUCAAAAACUGAAACUACAUUGAAUACCCAAAAGAAAUAAUUAAAAUGGCUGAAAUAUUGAAAGAAAAACUUAAAAUAGGUCCAGCGAGUAAUGUUGAAUAUCCUAUUAGUGUUUCAUAUUGUGGAAAUUGCACAAUGCCAAUUGAGUACUGUGAGUUUUGGCCAAGUCCAGAAUACGAGAAAUGUAAAAAAUGGCUCGAAAAGAAUCUUCCCAACGAAUUUGCAAAACUUGAUGUGAAAGGAGAAAGCAGUGAGCCGGCUGCAGGUGAGGAAGAGGAGAAAAAGAGACAGAAAAGAGGUGGCAAAGGGAUGAUUAAAGCAAAUAAGAAAAAGGAUGAUGCUGAUAAAGAUAGAAAAGUUUGUUUAUCAAGAGCACCUCGAGGCAAAAAGAAAUCAGUGACGGUUGUAACAGGACUUGCAACAUUUAGUGUAGACUUAAAAGUAGCAGCAAAAUUUUUCGGGACUAAAUUCGCUUGUGGUUCUUCAGUGACAGGUGAUGAUGAAAUCGUUAUUCAGGGUGAUGUCAAAGACGACUUAUUUGAUCUUAUUCCUGAAAAGUGGCCAGAGAUUGCUGAAGAUUUCAUUGAAGACUUAGGUGAUUCUAAGCGUUCAUAAGAAACAAUUGAAUUUAGUUUUAAGAAAACAUUUGGGAAAACCACAUAAAUCACAAUUGGUUGAACAAUCAUUUUUUACCAAGAUAUUUACUGAUUGAGUUAAAAAAGUUCAUGUUCUUCGAUAAUAUUCAAUUAAUCACAUUCUUGCCUCUAAUAAAUUUCAUUCUCCUAAUUGAAAUUUUCCUUCAAACUAAAAUUACAAACGAAAAUUCAUCAUGGAGAAAGAAAUUGUUAAAAAUAUUUUUUUAAAUGAUCAAAACGAAUUAUUUCCUGCCUCCAAAUUAUAAUCUUAAUAACAGGAUUAAAUCUUUAAAAUAAUUAAAAAAAAUUAAUUAAAAUAACUUCGAUGUGAACUUUUUCAUCUCAAUUAUAAAAUGUGCAUGCGAGAGAUGCUUUUUAUCUGAAACUUUUGAAAAUGAACACGAGUAGUGGACACGAGGAAAUUAAAAGCCAUUCUAAUCUAAAAAAAGAAAGAAAAAAAGAAAAUGAAGAAAAGAAAGAAGACGAAAUUAACUAAAAGUGAUUUCAAAAAAAUGCUCCAGGUGAGGCUCGAACUCACAACCCCGGCAUAGCUCGUAUACUGACAUAUAAGUACCGUGCGCUAACCAAUUGCGCCACUGGAGCCAAAAGGGACCCUUAACUGGCCGUGACAAAGAACGUUCAUAUACUUGAGCUCAAUUUUAAUUUUAAAAUUCUAUUAUCUUUAAUUUUAAUUCCUUUCAAAUUAACAUUUUUCUACAAAUUGUUUUAAGCUUUUUGUUCUCCUUUAUUUUGUUCGUUCCACUUUCCGUUCGUUUCAAAAUUGAUUUCAUCAACAUAAAUUUGAAUCAUUGGAUGAAACUGUUGCAAAGCUCGUUUAGAGACAAGCAACAAAAUAUUUACUGAUCUAAAUAAAUACUGUGGUUUUUAAUUAAUUGAUAACUAUAGGUUUUAUAUAUAAUAAUAUUCCCAUGAAAAAUGAAAAUAAAAUUGAACUUUCUUGUAAAUAAUGUAAUGUAUUGUAUUAAAUUUUAUUAUGGUAAUAAAAAUCGUCUCUAA